AUGAGUGACGCAUACGUGCGCGAGCAACAAAACAAUGCGCUCUUAGAUGCUCUGGCGCAAAAGACACGGGCGUUGAAAUCAGUCACAAUCGAUAUAUACGACAAUGCCAAGGAUCAUAAUACAAUCGAGAACACUAGCGAAGUCUUCUCGUCCCUGUCGACAAAUAUCAGAGGAAGUGCCGGUCGCUUAACGCGCAUGGCGAAACAAGGGGAUCGAAUUGCCAUAACGAAGGUAGCGGGGAUUGUUGUCGUCAUCGGAUACCUAGGGCUGGGCGCCGAGAGCCCCAUGUCGCAUAAGUCGUUCUUCGGUAACGAGCUUAAUUUUACUGCCUAUGUGCACGGUUUGGCGUUAAGUGUCUCAUCCGGUGUUAAUGGUGUGUUUGGAAGCCAUGUAUAUAAAUAG